AUGUCUAAGGAGAAGGAGAUGAUCGUGUUGACCAAGGUGUCACGCCAUGAAAACUGUUGCAUCUUCAAAGCUCCUACACCACUUCAGCGAACCAAUCCCAAGGCUUUUCAGCCCGAGAUAGUAUCUGUUGGUCCUUAUCAUUACAAUGACAAAGGUCUGGAAACCAUUCAGAUGCACAAGCAACGGUUUCUUGAGCUCUUUCUCGAAACAGGAAACAGACUUGGGGGACCAGUGUCCAUGACUUCAUUGGAGGAUGAUGUGGGCGCUUUGGAAGAGACCAUAAGAGAUUCUUACUCUGAACAUCUCCAACUAAGCAGAGAAGAAUUAGUGAAGAUAAUGAUUCUUGAUGGUUGUUUCAUUAUCAUGGUUGUUUUGGUUGCCUUAAGACAUGUGUCAUUCGGAAGUGAUACCAUAUUCACGGUUCCCAUAUUCACGGUUCCCUGGAUUCUCCCGACUCUUCGCAGAGAUCUCCUCCUCUUAGAAAACCAGGUCCCUUACAUCGUCCUCGAAACUCUCUUUGCAAAAUCUGGUAUAGAUGUUUCUCUUAAAAGACUUCUAUGCGAAUUCUUCUCCUCUUCAUUGAGAUUUUUGUCUGUUGAGCGAGUGAUGGAACGGAUAGUGGGUUCUGAACCAAGACAUCUUCUUCAUCUGAUUCGGCAGUCUCAAAUUCCUCCCUCUUCUUCUCAAUUGAAUCGACUAGGUGCGACCUCUUAUGUUCCCAGGAAGAGAGAUAUAUUUCCAGCUAGGAAACUUGAACUCCAAGGCAUUGAGUUCAAGGCUGAUUGGAGUGCAAACACGAUCCUGGCUAUCGGUCUACAAAACAAUGCCCUUGUUAUACCCCAUUUGUUAUUGGAUCAGUUCACUGGCACGUUACUAUAUAAUGUUGUCGCCUUUGAGCAAUGUUGUAUGAAGUCCGAAGACCACUUCACCAGCUACAUAGUAUUGAUGGGAUUUUUGAUGAACGACAAGGAAGACGUAUCGUUAUUGCGCGAGAAGUGCAUCAUUGGAAACUGCUUUUCUGGCGAUUACGAAAAGACCUCACACUUUUUUAAAGGCUUGAGCAAGUGUAUUGCAUUGGAUUUAUCUCGCACUUAUUUUGAACCCACGUUUGAAGUCAUCAACGCUUACACAUGCAAACGUGGCACCGGGUAUUGGGCACGGUUUAAACGCAAUUACUUUGAUUCCCCAUGGGUGCUUGUAUCGUUCAUUGUUGUAUUUCUUAUGCUCAUUGCUGUUUUCCGAAGUGUGGUGGCUCCUUUCGUACAAGAAUGA